AUGGCGGCGCCAAAUGCGGCGCCAGGCGCGGCGACAAGCUGUUCUCCCAGCGACGAGUUCGCGUGCACGAUUGCCGGAUGCACCCACGUCCACAGUAACGUCGGCUCCAUGCGGAGGCUAGGAAACCUCUCGGAAACCUCCUUCCGAGCAGCUCCGCCGUCGGAAUCGCGGCCGGUGCAGAGCGGUACCAAGGGGUUCAACCUGGGUCAAUUUCUGUCGCAGCUGUUGCCGUACGUGGUGGUGGCGACGGCGGUGUCGGCGCUGACGUGGCCGGCGACGUUCUCGUGGUUCAGCAAGCAGUACUACGCGCCCGCUCUCGGCGGCAUCAUGCUCUCCAUCGGCGUGCAGCUGUCCGUCGAAGACUUCAAGGCCGCCAUUGAAAAGCCUCUCCCCGUCAUACUGGGCGUCCUAGUGCAGUACGCCGUCAAGCCGCUCAUCGCGGCCGCCAUAGCCGCCACCUUCCGCCUGCCGCCCGCGUUCGCCGCGGGCUUCCUCCUCACGGCCAGCGUGUCCGGCGCGCAGCUCUCCAGCUACGCGUCCUACCUGGCAAAGGCUGACGUGGCGCUCUGCAUCGUGCUGACGAGCCUCAGCACCUUCGCCUCCGUGGCACUCACGCCCAUCCUCACCUCGCUCCUGAUUGGCUCAGCCGUCCCAGUCGACCUCCUAGCCAUGUCCAAAUCAAUCCUGCAAGUCGUCAUCCUCCCCGUCUCCCUCGGCCUCAUCCUAAACACCUACGCGCGGAAAUUCGUGGACCAGAUUCGACCAAUCAUGCCGCUGCUAGCCAUAGUGUGCACGUCCCUCUGCAUAGGCAGCCCUCUAGCCAUCAACCGGUCCCAAAUCGUCUGCCUAAGCGGCCUCCUGCUGCUGCCGCCCGUCCUCGCCUUCCACCUCGCGUCCUUCGCCGCUGGCUUCUGGUCCGCGAAGCUCCCUGGAAUGGGGCAGAGCGAUGACGUGGCGAGGACUUUGUCUCUGUGCGGUGGCAUGCAGAGCAGCACACUUGCCAUGCUGCUGGCGUCUCAGUUCCUCGGGUCCACCCACACGGUGCCUGCCUCGGUCUCUGUUGUGCUCAUGUCGAUUAUUGGGCUCAGCCUCGGGAGCUUCUGGGGGUCGGGAAGGAAGCUUCUGGACUGGAACAUGGCUGGGCCUGUUGUGGGGGCCCAUGCAUACGCUGCUCCUGCUGAGGCGUAG